CUCUGGAGAGGCAGCUCCACGAGGCUGCCCGCAGGAACAACAUCGGGAGGAUGAAGGAGCUGAUCAGAAGCAGAGUCAACAUUAGGGCCAGAAACCACGUGGACAGGGUGGCCCUGCACUGGGCCGCAGGUGCAGGGCACGAACAAGCUGUGCGGCUGCUCCUGGAGCAUGAGGCUGCUGUGGACGAUGAGGAUGCGUUUGGGAUGAAUGCACUUCUCCUGUCUGCCUGGUUUGGCCACUUACAGAUUCUUCAGAUCCUGGUCAACUCAGGGGCCAAGAUCCACUGUGAGAACAAGGACGGCCUAACCUUACUGCACUGCGCAGCCCAGAAAGGCCACGUGCCGGUACUGGCGUUCAUCAUGGAAGACCUGGAGGACGUGGCCCUGGACCGUGCUGACAAGCUGGGAAGGACAGCAUUUCACCUGGCGGCUGCACACGGGCAGCUGGAGGCUCUGGACUUCCUGGUGGGCUCUGGCUGUGACCACAGUGUCAAAGACAAGGAGGGGAACACGGCUCUGCACCUGGCCGCUGGCCGGGGCCACCUGGCUGUGUUGCAGCAACUCGUGGACAUCGGGCUGGACUUGGAGGAGAGGAAUGUGGAAGGUCUGACUGCCCUGCACGCCGCUGCUGAAGGGACCCACCCCGACUGUGUGCAGCUCCUCCUGGCGGCGGGGAGCAGCGUGAAUGCCCUCACUCAGAAAGAGCAGAGCUGCCUCCAUUACGCAGCUCUCAGUGGCUCUGAGGACGUGGCCCGGGCCCUCAUCCACUCAGGCGGCUGCACCAACGUGGCUGACCAUCAGGGAGCCUCUCCAAUGCAUCUCGCUGUGAGGCACAACUUCCCCACCCUGGUUCGGCUCCUCAUCGAUGCUGGCAGUGACCUGGACGCCACCGACAAUAGGCAGCAGACGCCCCUCCACCUUGCUGCGGAGCACGCCUGGCAGGACAUAGCGGAGAUGCUCCUGGUUGCGGGGGUUAACUUAAACCUGAGGGAUAAGCAAGGGAAAACCGCCCUGGCCGUGGCCGCCCGCAGCAACCACAUCAGCCUGGUGGACAUGAUCAUAAAAGCUGACCGCUUCUACCAGCGGGAGAAGGACCACCUCUCACUCAGGGACCCCAGUGGCCUCUCUGGGAAGAGUUUGACCUUUAAGCAGGACCAUCGGCAGGAAACGCAGCAGCUCCGCUCUGUGCUGUGGCGACUGGCCUCCAGGUACCUGCGGCCCCACGAGUGGAAGAAGCUCGCGUAUUGCUGGGAGUUCACUGAGGCCCACGUCCAUGCCAUCGAGCAACAGUGGACAGGCACCAAGAGCUACCAGGAGCAUGGCCACCGGAUGCUGCUCAUCUGGCUGCAUGGUGUGACCACGGCGGGUGAGAACCCCAGCAAAGUGCUCUUCGAGGGCCUCGUGGCCAUCGGCAGGAGGGACCUGGCUGAAAGCAUCAGGAGGAAAGUAAACGCUGACCCGGGCACCCCCAGGAGGUGCACAGCCAUGUAACCAGAGGGGCUGGACCUUCAGGAGCCUGGGACCUUGGAGUGGGGGCCACGGAACAGAAGACGACCACCACUUAAGGGCUUAAAAAAAGAAUCACCAUUAACAAACCUCCAGCUGCUUGUACUGAAAUGCAUCAUCAUGCAGGGCCAGCAGGCAAAUGUUUGCAAUUUCUUUCAGUGAUUGGUCCAGGGGCUGUCUUGGGUUUUGCAGGUAAUCCCUUCCCACAGGUAUGGUCCUUCGCAUCUCUCAGCUCACUUUCAUCCCCGUCAUCUCAGAGCCUCACAGGGCGCAAGAGGCGUCUUGUCAGAGAGGACACGGGCUCAGGCUAGCUAAGCAGCCAAUCAGGUGGUGAGGUCAGGUGCCAACCCCAGCAUUCCCGUCUCUCCAACUGCUGAAGGGCUCCAUCCAUCACUUACAAAACGGACCACCCUUAACUCAUCCACUGGCUUUUAGGAAUGCUGUGCUCGCUCCACAGCUGUUUCUGUUCCCAGGUUUAUCUGUACGCGUGGACAGUUCCUUGAGGCACACACUCUCAUUUUUUUCCUCUCGUAACAUUUUUUAAGGUUUUAAAACAUUUUUGAAAUCAUUUUAGACUUACAAAAAUGUUGCAGAAACAACACAAAGAAUUUCCAAAUACUCUUCACAAUACAGCUUCCCCAAGUAUUAGCAUCUUACAUAACCAGAGCAUAAUUUCCCAAACCAGGAAAUGAACACUGAUACAAUACUGUUAGCUUCUCUUCAGACCUUAUUCAAAUUUAGUCAGUUGAGCCAUUUUUCUGCACCAGGAUCUCUCCUUGCAUUUAGUUGUCAUUUUCAUUAAAAAAAAUUUUUUUUUAUUGAUUUCAGAGUGGAAG